AUGGCGACUGAACAAGAGGCAAUGGCAAAAAUGGCGAGUGUCGACGUCCCUCAUGGCGAGUGGGUUGUCUUUGAUAUCAAGAAGAACCAAGUUGUUUUCAGAUGCUCUGGCAAUAGUGUUAAUGCCUUAAGAGAUGAAUUAAAAGACGACCAAGCUUGUUUUGUUUUAAUCUCAUUGAGAUGCACUCUUGAAGGUGUUCCAGACCAAGCCAGAGGUAUUUUCAUCGACUGGAAAGGACCAAAAGCCCGAGCUAUGUUAAAGGCAAAGAUGACUGAAUUAAGGGACCAAGCACUUGAAAUCCUCAAACCACACCAUGGUGAAUUAGAAGCGGUUGGAAAGACUGAAUUCAAUGAAGAGACUAUCCUCAAGAGAUGGGGAAUGAACUCGGGAUCUCACGUAAUUAAUUAA